AUGUUGUCCCACGUCGAGAUGGCCCCCGCGCCCGGCGGGUUCAAGCUCUUCGGCAAGGUCAUCACGCAGCUGUGCGCCGACACCGCCCCGCCGGCGUCGAGGAGCACGGCCGCCUUCGCGCGGGAGAGGGACGAUCCGGACGAGCGCGACCAGCCGAUGGUGAAGCGGGAGGCGGCGGCGGCGGACCACGACUUCGUCGUCGCGGACAAGCAGCAGCACUCCGCCGGCGCCGGCGGCGGGCCGGCGCAGGCGGCCGAGAGCGACGACAGCAAAGGCCAGCAGCAGCAGCAGCCGCGCCCGCGGCAUCAUCAUCAGCAGCAGCAGCAGCAUCAGGACACCGCGGAGGCGCGCGCCGCGGCGGCCGCGUCGUCGGCGCCGCCGCUGCCGUGCCCGCGGUGCCGGAGCCGCAACACCAAGUUCUGCUACUUCAACAACUACAACGUCAACCAGCCGCGCCACUUCUGCAAGGACUGCCACCGCUACUGGACCGCGGGCGGCGCGCUCCGCAACGUCCCCGUCGGCGCCGGCCGCCGCAAGAACCGGCCCCUCGGCCCCGCCGGCGCCGUCCCCGUCCCCGUCCCAGUCCCCGUGCCCGUGCCCGUGCCCGUGCCAGCCCACCACCACCUGCACCCCGCUCAAGCGGCGGCGGGCUUCGUCCUCGCCUUCCCCGGCCAGCACCCUUCCUCCCCGACGUCGCCGUCACCGGCCGUCUACGGCGAGCGGUGGCCGGUCUGCCCCGACCGCCGGUUCUGA